CGGGGACGGAGGGGGGGUGGAGCGGAGGUGGGGGGAGGUGGUAAGCUAGGCGCUUCCUUUGUCACGUGCUAAGGUAAGGGUUCGGGCCUUCUUAUCACGUGGUCGCCAUACAGGUACGCUUUCUCUGUUUUUCUGUGCCAGGCUUUUGAAUAUUUUCCUCCCGCUGCGUGACGUGACCUUUGACCCCCCCCGAACUCCUAUUUUUCCCCGCCGAGGCUUCAUGUUGGUGGGGCGGGGCCCCCAGGUCUGGCUCGGCGGAGUGGCUGCUUUGUUCCUGGGCUUCCUGUGGAUGCACUCUCUGCUCUCCACCUAUCCCUACCUACGGCUGCUCCCUCGAGCCUUCUCCAUGGCCACACGGCCGCCCGAAGCCCCGGCCCCCACUGGCUCGGAUUACAUCGCUGGCUCCGUCUCAGUCGUCUUUGUCACCUGCCCCAAUGACAAGAUCGCCAAGACUAUUGCCAGGUCCGUGGUGGAGAAGCGACUGGCCGCCUGUGUCAAUCUGGUACCUCAGAUCACAUCUGUCUAUGAAUGGAAAGGAAAGAUUGAGGAAGACAAUGAGGUGAUGAUGAUGAUAAAGACUCAAACUGCCUUGGCACCAUCCUUGACAGAAUUUAUUCGUUCUGUUCAUCCAUAUGAAGUGGUUGAAGUCAUUGCAUUGCCCGUGCAACAGGGGAACCUCCCAUACCUUAACUGGGUAAAAGAUAGCACCACUCCUCAAUGAUGAUCCUAUUUUGAUGACUUUUGAGACUACUCUGAUACCUUCUACAUUCUCUCAUGUUCUUAAUAAACCCUAUCCCCAGAA